UCUCUCUUCCUCCCUCUCUGCUUUCUCUCCCUCCUUCCUUUCGCUGAGUCAGACACCGGGGCUGUGUGUCGGAACCUUAGGCUCCAUGGAGGGGAGGCAUCGGCUCUACCAGCCGCGAUACAGCAGUGUUGCCUGAGAGGGACAGAAGAAAAGGAAUAUCCUUGUUUUUCUCCCUGGCCGAGGUAAAGAGGAUGAAUGGAGAAGAGAUGGGCACAUCCCUGGAACCGUUGUCCCCUGUGGUGGCGGAGCAAGGUGCCGUCUGGGGGGUGUCGACGGCACCCGAGCCAGCUGCCAUAGCGGCCGCUGCCGGCAACGGCUCCAUGCCCGCCCCGCCCCCCACCAUGGCCCCGGCCAUCCCUCCCUACGUCAAGCUGGGCCUCACCGUGGCUUACACGGUCUUCUACUCGCUCCUCUUCGCCUUCGUCUAUGCCCAGCUAUGGCUGGUGCUCCGCUACCGCCACAAGCGCUUCAGCUAUCAGACGGCGUUCCUCUUCCUGUGCCUGCUGUGGGCCGCCCUCCGCGCCCUCCUCUUCUCCUUCUACUUCCGCGACUGCGUCACGGCCAACGCGCUGGGGCCCUUCGCCUUCUGGCUGCUCUACUGCUUCCCCGUCUGUCUGCAGUUCUUCACGCUGAGCCUCAUGAACCUCUACUGCGCCCAGGUUUACUUCAAGGCAAAGUCCAAAUAUUCCCCAGAGCUCCUUAAAUACAAGCUCCCUCUCUACCUGGUCUUCUUGGCGGUCAGUCUUCUCUUCCUGGUAGUCAACCUGGCCUGUGCCCUGAUGGUUAAGAUGACUGCAGCUGAGGUCAAGACCAUUGUCCUGGUCAGAGUCACAAUCAACGAUACACUCUUCGUGCUCUGUGCCGUCUCGCUCUCUGUCUGUCUCUACAAGGUGGCUAAGAUGUCCUUGGCCAGCAUAUACCUCGAGUCAAAGGGGACAUCGGUGUGUCAGGUGACUCUGAUUGGUGUCCUGGUGGUUCUGCUUUAUGCAUCACGGGCCUGCUACAACCUGGUGGUGCUAGCUCUGACUGACAUCGAGAACAUCAACUCUUUUGACUAUGACUGGUACAACGUGUCCGACCAGGCAGACUUGAAGUCCUCUCUGGGGGACGGCGGCUACAUUGUGUUUGGUGUGAUCCUCUUCGUCUGGGAGCUGCUGCCAACCUCCUUAGUGGUCUUCUUCUUCAGGGUCCGCCGGCCACCACAGGACAGAAGUGGAUCAGGGAUCCCGAAUCAUGUGCUGUCAUCAAGACGCUACUUCUUUGACAACCCCCGUCGGUACGAUAGCGAUGACGACCUUGCAUGGAGCAUCCCUCCUCAAAACAACUCCACAAGCCUAAAUACAGAUGGCUAUGACUGCGGAAGCCGUAACAGCAGUUUCACCAUUCACACCGGGACGGACGAACAACGGUUGGCGCCGGUUACGGGAGACCUCCAUCUACACUGACACAUCCAGGGUCGGGGUUUGAACCAGUCCGAUGUACAGCACCGCAAUGCACUUUGUAAACUCUGACACUUGUUGACAGUAUCCGUAUUUUGUCCAUAAUCAGCCACCACAUUAGUCACCAAGCAAGGGCCAUUAGCGAUAAGGUAGAUAUUUUAGAAUGCGGUCUAGAAAACCAAUGACAUAAAACCAUAUCUUAAGCUAGUGCCAAGUUAUUCACAAAAUUAGACAUGAAAGUAGUUGACCAUAGACAAUAUACAUAGCUAUAUAUAAUCAUACAAUGACGAAUACAAAUGUAAUUUCUACAUGUGCAGUAAAUAUGACUAUGAACAAAUAUUAAUUUAUUGGUGACGUACAGGUGAAACAGAUGGAUUCUAUAUUUCUAACAGGAGAUGGUGUUUUGUAUGUCCUUUGUAAAGCAUAAUGUUUGCACUGAUCAGAUGCUCUAUUUUGUGUCAACUGUCUUGUGAUCAUGUAACCAUGAAUAAAAUGAAAUUUUGGUUGUGAAAUACUCAA